AACUUCCGACUGUCCACAGUAGUAAGUAACCCACAACGACUUCCCACUUCCGACUGUUCACCCUCCCUCCCCAGAAACUACCCACUUUCUCACCUCCCAAGCUAUCUCGCUCCUAUCGCCCUUGCUUCCAGUCCUCUCACGAGUAGAUUCCGCUCACGUCAUUGAUUGCCACGCUGUGGACUCAUCGGACGACACUCUCUACACCACACUACACCAACACCGGCUACUAGAGGAGAGAGUACACUAUCUUCUACUAUCCUCCUCGCUGUCACCAUAGCGUGCCUCGUUUCGUCGACUUGCUGUACAUUAGCUCAUUCCAAAUAUCAUCCCGAAAUCCGUAAGGAGCCAUCUGAAAUAAGCGGCCACCUCCACGAUGCAACUUCGCUCCCACACGAAGCGUUUGCGGUCGCUUCGAGCUUGGGCCGAACCAGCUGCCACAGAGCUCACGUCCUGGGACCGCCCUCUCCUCACCACAAACGUCAUCCUCCCGCAGGAACUCAUCUUCCACAUCAUCUUGUUCCUCCCUUGGUGCUCCGCGACGAAACUGCGCCGGCUAUCCAAAACCGUGCGCGAUUUCGUCAAUACGAGGGUGCUUGCGCAUUGCUACGCCGCGGGUCUUAUCCGCCAUAAAACACUGUGUCAGGCGUUGACAACUGGCGUGCAUUGGGCGGAGUAUCCCAUGAACAGCUUUGUGCCGCCUGCGGAUGUGCAGAAACUUGCGUUUCAGCAGCUGCUCAAAGUGUACCUUAAAGGGUGGGACAGGAAGGAAGGGACCCUCACGAAGGGUGUGACUCUAUCGCCGAAUCACGAGAACAUGACAGCUUUCAUCUUGGAGGACCAGUUUGAGCUGCUGCCUAUCCUGGAACGCGCGGUUAUGGCGGGCUACUUUGAGUCCGCGGUAGCCAUUGUGGAGCAUUGUAAAGACCGGAUCUAUAAUGCGCUGCACAAAGAUUCCAACACGGACACGUUGUGGGAUUUCAUUGAUGAGGUUGCCGAAGGUGGGCAUCUGGAACUCCUUCGGGCAUUCCUAGAGAUGAAACCUGCAGAAAUGGCCCACAACAUCGGCGCAACCCUCUUCGCCGCCGUCGAAGGCGGUCACCUCGACGUCGUCCGUACCGUCCUCGACGUCGGCGGCACCCACCUCAUCAAAGACGAACCGGGCCUCCUCGUCUUCGCCGCCGACGGCGAAAACCCCGACGUCGUACGCACCCUCCUCGAACUCGGCGCCAACCCAAAUGAUACCGACAUGCCCGAAUGCACCGCCCUCUCCGCCGCCGCCUUCAACGGGAACAUCACCAACGUCAACAUCCUCCUCGAAUGGGGCGCUACAGUCACCCCGCGAGCCUUGAUCGCCGCCGCCCGGUCCCGCGCAAAGGAAAUCUUCCACACUCUCCUCCCCUACGUUCCCAUCACACCACAACUAGACGACUCCCUCCUCGCCGUCACCAACGAAACCACCGGAGAAGCAGUCCAACUCUUCCUCGCCGCAGGCAUCGGCCACACCACCGUCUCCGCCGCCUUAUUAGCAGCGAUCGACUACGGAUCCACCGCCAACGUCCGCAUCCUCCUCCAAAACGGAGCAGACGCAUCACACAACCACAACCUCCCCCUCCGCCAAGCCGUCCGCUACGGCAACAUCGACAUCGUCUGUCUCCUCAUCGAAUACGGCGCAGACGUCAACGGGACCGAACGAACCCGCCGGAAAUGGUCAGAGGCGGACUACACACACCUUAUACGCACGCCCUGUGGGCCACCGUUAGUCCGCGCCGUCGCGUGCGGGCGGUACGAUAUCGCGCAACUGCUCUUAGAGCAUGGCGCGGACCCGAGGUGGCAGAACGAUUACACCCUCCUCUGCGCCGUGCGGUGCGACUGGCCUACCUUCUUCAACACCCACAGCAAAUCACAAACCACCAACAGACGGCUCAAACUCAUCAAACUGCUGGUGGAUAACGGGGCGCGGUGUACGGGUGUGGGCGGGGUGAGGGCGCUGGUGGCGGCGGUGGAGGCCCCGGACAGGGGGGAGGUGCAACGAAAGGUUGUAAGGUAUCUUGUGGAGUGUGGGGCGGAUGUGCGGGAGGCUAGGAAGAAGGGGGGCAGGGUUGCUGAGGUUUUAGGGAGGGAGUUGCGGGGGUGCUGGGGAGGGAGGACGAAGGAGGUGGUUGGGAAGAGGAAGGCGAAGGAGGUGGUUGGGACGAGGUCCGUUCGGGGAACGAGGAGGGUUCGAUGACCCUCGUGUCUCGGGCUCUCCCAUACCCUUUGGAUAUACUGUAUCUUGUUGGUCCCCCUGUAUACCCCCCGAUCUGUACACAUCCUCCCUGCGCCACCAUCUGUAUGUCCUCUCGGCUGGGUCUUGUUCGGAUUCCCCUCUGUUUUCUUGUACUGUACAUACGACUCCAGUUCCUAUGAGUAUAUCUGUAAUCGAACACGCACUGCAUCUUAAAGAAACAGGGCCCUCAGUGGGGCAAACGCCUGCACAUCUAUACGCGGCUCCGCCCUGCUACGUCCAUCAACAGGGUGUGCAGGAAUGUUCUGCCCCCAAUUAUUUAGAGUUUGAUACUACCACUUGGCAUAGUCUUACCCUUGCGAUGCACCUAGCAUUUAUGGACGCGCAGGAGCGUUGGAUGUAGGAGUUGUUGUUCGGCAGCUGGAUGCUGAGCUGGAUGGAGGAACAGGGGCGCGU